CGCCAAUCCAUCCAAUUAAUGUCAAGUCAGUCAGUCAGUCAGGGUUUCGGGACCUUGAUUGAGGGAGCAAACAGUGAUUGAGUGAGAAAGUCAGACAUCUGAUCGAUCGAUCGAUGUGAUAGUAUUAUGUACACUCAUGCAUUCGACAGACAAAGAAUGAUAGAUACACAAGCAAGCAAGUGUGGCGUGUGGCGAAGGAACAGGUAGGUGGGUGGGUGUGGGAUGAUGAUUCUUCUCUGCAGUGUGGUCGGUCGGUCGGUCGGUCGGUUGGUCACUCCCCCCCCCCCUCCCCUGCCUCAGUCCAGCCUCAAUAACGACACCCCCCCACCCCAGCAACUUCUGGCAGCAGCAAACGUAAAAGGGGAGAAACGUUAAGGAAGGCACUAAUGCCCCCAUGCCCCGGAUGGAAGCAACCAUGAAAAAAGACAGAGGGCGAGCCAGCCAGACAGACAGGCGGACAGGCAGACAGACAGACAGGCAGAUGGGCAGCAGGAAACCCCGUCCGACAAGACAAACCAAACCAAACCAAACAAACAAAACAACGGCGGAGAGGACCGUUUCACCUUGCCAACCAAAUCAAAUCAAAGAACCGACACCAUACUCCCCGCCCCCCUCCCCUCCCGAGGCGCAUUGCAUUCAGGGGCUGUUAUUGGGCGGCAGAAGGUGUGUCCUCAUGGCCCCCGCAUUCGCGGCCUGCCCACUGCCUUGGUCCAGGCCCUCAAACCCGGUAGUGCCAGCCAGGUGACCGCGUGAGGAGGGCGACGACUCUCGCGACGAGCUGGGGACCGACUGUGUGGUGGGUGGCGCCUGUGCCACCUUGUUGGCGCCCAGCUCAUCGGAUGACUCCUGCCGGUUGAGGGUCUCCUGGUCGUCGGUGUCGCGACAGGCGAAGAAGACCGCAACCGCCAUGCCCAUCAGACCGAAGAAACUCCACGCGAAGAUCACCUGGAUGGAUCGGCCAACAGGGCAGCAGGGCACAGCCAGCCACACACACAAACAUAAUGCUGGCUGGCUAUCUGGGUGGGCGUCUCCCGCACGCACAGCUGUCUGUUGGCUCGUCUGUCUGUCUGUCUGUCGGAUGUGUUCACCUUCAUUCCUUCUCUGAGUCCCCCGAGGGCCGUCAUGAGUGCUCCGGGAAGCGCGGCGCCUGCACAAUGCGCACACACACACACACACACACGUCCUCAUCCUUGGAUGAUGGAUGCCAGGGUGUGGUGUCGCAGACUGACUGACAUACCGACCGGCGCUGUAGCCGAGGAUGUUGUAGGUGCACAUGGAUAUGCCGCUGGCGUAGAAGCGCAUGUUGAGCGGCACCGUGUUGAUGAGCAUGCCCGUCGCAGGCGGCAGGAUGGCGCCGCCGAAAAACAGCUGCACACCAUAGCAUACACCCAACGUGGAGUGAGUCAAAGCUGAUGGACGGACGGACGGACGGAUGUAUGGAUCUGUCUGCCACCUACCAGCACCCAAAUAAGGGCCAGCACCAACACCCACAGCUUCUUGUCCACGGGAAGCCAACCGGCCGUCACACCUGCAGCAGCAGCAACGAGGAGAUCCACCUAACCUACGUGUCUGUCUGUUGGUUGAUCUCUCCCUCUCUCCCUCUCUGCCUCCCUCCUGGCAGACAGACCGCACCGCAUGCAGUGGCGAUGAGUCCGUAGAUGCAGCACGCAAAGAGCGUCCUGAUGGUGCCAGCUUUGGUGCGAUACCCCCCGACGCAGUCGAUCGACACGCCCCCCAGCACCACUCCCAGCGUCGGUGCGGUGGCUGCCGUGCCGGCAAACGCACCCACAACCACAUGCCGAGGCACCUGCAGGACACGCCAGCAUAGACACGAGUGCAUCGCCGCCAACAGGGGUGGCACAUGAUCCAUCCACCAGGCGCCCACCCACCUCAUAAAUCGCAAUGAGAAACUCUGUGGUCCAAAACUGCACACAGGGAGGGACGGAGCCACAGAGAGUGCUCACGCAGAGAGAGAUAUGGCCUGCCUGACCCUUAAAGUCUGUCUUUGCUGACUGGCUGGGUACACUGCGCAUUUACCUGGAUGCCCGUAACGACAAAGUACAGAGCACAAAGGGAGAAGACCGUCCACACGUACAGAGGAUUCCUGCAGAAACACACAAGCGACGGCCAUGACAAUUAAUUGCAAUCCCCCAUCCGUGGGCCCAUCCAUCCAUCAGUUGGCGGUGGGGGUGGGGUGGGCAUCAUUCUCCUCACAUGACGAGUGUCGCGAGCGACUCCCUGAACCCGGGGCCCUUCCGCCCCUCCUUCUGCGUUUCAGCCAGCUCUGCUGCCUGUGACGUCACAGCCAGACCGACAAAACCACACCCACCAAUACAUACCUACAACGUUCAUGUCUCUCUGCCUCUCUGUCUGUGUGUGUCUCUGACCUCCUCGAGUUCGCCCGCCUCCGGUAUUCGCGGCGGGAAUACGUCCGAGACCAUGCUCGGCUCCGGUCCGAAGCUGACGAAGGGGCCCGGCACGCGGCCCCCCGAAGAGUCGGUGUCACUGCCUCCCGCCCCAGGAGGUGGCAGCAGCCGCCGGUGGGCGUGGAUGCCUUGUGGGCUGGCCUGGCUCACGGCAAGCUGCACAGGGAUAGUGGAUGGACGGCAGGGGGAGAGAGAGAGAGGCGUGGGAGGUAGGAAGGCGUCUGGCUGUGUGUGUUGCCCACCUUCAGGGGAACGUAGACAGAUGCGGAUGGGGCGCCGACCAGGAAAGUCAUCGCUGCAUUCAGAGAGAGAGAGAGAGAUGACAAGGCGGCCAAGACAUCGUUAACGGCAUGGCCCAUGAUGCCUCGUGUGCUUGCUGCCUGACAGUGUUUGGAUGAUAUCCCGGAGUACUGGGUGUCUUCCGACACAUUUGACCCCGACCGAGCGCCCCUGGCCGCCCCGUGGUGGCUCCCGCCCACAGAUGAACCCACAGACAUCAACUCCCAUCUGCCAAAACGACACACACACACACACACAGAGCGCAUGCCUUGCAACCGCGGAAAUGUCAUGAUAUUUCCCCUUCUUUGUUUUGUCACCUGCUAAAUCCGCUUCUCGCCCACGGGGGCGAGAUGACCGGCAUCCGAUGGGACACCCGAGCGGCAGCAGACGAGUACUGUGCAAACGAGCCGGCUAUGCUGGUGUCGAUAGCCAUGGAGCCCGUGCUCUUCCGCUUGUUAACGAGGAACACCCCCACCCCCGAUGGGUCGACUGAUCCCACCGAAGACGCCGGCAGGCCGCUCUGUGUCCGUCGGUGCACGCCCGACGACGAGUGGUCGCUCACCGGCAGCUGGGGCGAGGCCGGCGACUGCCCCGACGUGCUGUUGACGUCCUCUCGGUGGUCGCUGUCACCCUCGGUGGACCUCCCGAUCACACCGGCCUCCCUGUCUCGAAGCUCGCUGGGAUGCGUGCCACGCGGCAACGACUGCAGGCCUGGCCGUGACGCGGCGGAUGGCUCGGGCGGCUGUGAUGGAACUGACGCCCCGAGGCCGUGAGAGUGUGUGGUGGUCAUUGGCGGGAGGGCGCCCUCCUCGCCCAUGCUGUCGUGGUGGCCGAGACGGCCGUGAUGGUGCUGCUGAGGCUGCGGGUGUGGGUGGUCGGACGAGCCUGGAGGGAGGAGACUUCGGCUGCCUGGUUGGCCGUGCGAGCCCCGACGUCUGAGAGGCGACGUGGGGGAGGUGGACCGCAGGCUGUUGGGCGACGCGCGGUCAGACGAACCACCUGCAUACCCCCAGAUAGUAGAUGAAUGGGGUCCUUGUGGUGUCGGGCGAUCUAUCUUCGUUGCUCGUGCACUUGUCAUGUCGCUUACUGUGUCCCGAUUCAGGUCCGUGCUGGUCGUCGCUGUCGAGUAGCGACCGCUCCGUUGCCUCGGUGUGGUUGGCGUCGUUGGUGGCGGUCUGCGUCUCGCCCGUCAUGCUCUUGAGGCCCUGCCGCGAUCGCUGCUGACUCUCUAUCUCCUCGAGGUUGCGGGACGCCUUCCGCUCCAUCGCCGCCUGACAUCAUAGACACACAUGAUGCACAGGCGUGAUGGGCAUGCACAUCGAUUUCGGCGGUGCGGUGGGGUGGCGACCUGCAGCUCUCUCGGGUCGGGUAUGUUGAUGUAUUUGGCCUUGAGGAUGACCAGGGCCGCCGUGAGUGGGGUCAUGAUCAGAAACUGCAUGCCGAUCGACCACCGCCAGUUCCACGCGUAUGUGGACAAGAAGCCAGCCAUGAGGUAGCCCACCAUGACCCCCACCACGGCCGCCGCCUGUAGCAGGCCCAUCCACAGCGACACCCGGUCGGCCGGCGAGAACUCGUCCACCCACACUGGAGCGUAGACCACAAAGGCGCUCUGAGUGAAGCCGAUCAGGAAGCGGCUCGCAAAGACCAUCCAGCCUCGGAACGAUAAAGCCAGCAGCAGACACGCCAGCGUGUUGGCCACCAGUGUCGCGAAGAGGAAGCGCCGCUGUGUGUGGCCUUGGAGCACGCGGCCCACACAGAGGGAGGCAGACGUGAGGCCCACAUAGGGCAGGGCACCCACAAGACCUGAGUGAGUCACGCAGGAAGUCAAUGAGUGAAGAAUGAGUGACAGAAAAAGAGAGAGCGAGAGAGAGGUGCGGUGCAUUCAUCGUCCGGAGACCAAGUUCAAAGAAUGAGAAGCUGAACUCCGACUCCACCUCUCCGAGGACUGCUGGUAUGGCGCCCGAGUCAUAGUUGACAAACACAGCGGUCGUGAAGACGAGAGCAAAGACCCAACCGAUGAGGCGAGUGUCCUCGCGCGGAUGACCAAUCUGCAGCCAGGCACACAACACACACACCGAGAGAGUGGAGCCCAUUCCCGCGGUGAUGAUUUGAUCCUCUCACCUUGACUCUUUCCAGCUGUUGCAUGAUUGACAGUUCCCUUGCUUCAGGUGACAGCUCCUUUGCGCCACUGUCAGGAGAGGGAGGCAUCCCGCCGUGGAUGGCCUCUUCUUCUUUCAUGUUGACGUCCUCAAGCUUCAACGUCACCUCCACCUGCUCUCCCAUGCCCGGCACUUCCCGUUCCCUUCUUGCGCGCUUAGGUCGCACAGGGAAGGGGCUUCAAGGGUGGUGAAAGGCAAGGCUGUGAGACCGCCU